AUGGCGACCGCGUCUCUUUCCGCGCAGAGCGCCUCGAGGUUGUCGUUUUCCAGCAGCGCGUUGACCGGCGGCUGCUCACAGCUCAAGGCGGUUAGCCUUGCCGCUGCCAAGCCACACUCCAGCAAGAAUGGCCGGCUCGCCGUGAGAUGCGCCGGAAAGGGCGGGUUCAUUCCCGCGGAGCACCGGUGGAUGUACGAGGGUAUUGAGAACAAGGGACCGGACGAUUGGAACCGCACGUACUACCCGAAGGAGGCGGACCACCUGAACGUGGAGAAGCAGUGGUAUAUCGUCGACGCCGCCGACAAGCGCCUGGGCCGCCUCGCGUCCACCAUCGCCAACCACAUCCGCGGGAAGGACCAGCCCACGUACACGCCUUCCGUCGACAUGGGCGCGUAUGUCAUCGUGGUGAACGCGGAGAAGGUGGCGGUGACGGGCAAGAAGCGCGCGCAGAAGAUUUACCGGCGGCACUCGGGGCGGCCGGGUGGGAUGACGGAGGAGACGUUUGACCAGGUGCAGGCACGCAUCCCCGAGCGCAUCGUCGAGCACGCCGUGCGAGGCAUGCUGCCCAAGGGCCGAUUGGGUCGCCGCCUAUUCACACACCUCAAGGUGUACAAGGGAGAGUCGCACCCACACGAGGCCCAGGUGCCGCAGCCUCUGCCGAUCCAUGACAAGCGUAUCUCCCUUGCUUGA